AAUUUUGUCAUGGCUUUUUUUUUGGAAAAAUUUCUAUAUCCUUUUUUUUUUCGUUCUUUUCCUAAAGUUUUUAAAAUUUUAAGUUUUUUUUUAAGCUCUCUUAACGCAGUAUUGGUGCUUAUUGUACCCUAUUAUACGCUGGGGAUUCAUAAUGUUGAUCCUUUAUGUGGAACCGUUUUAAUAGGAUGUUCUAUUACGUGGUUUUUGAAACUUGUUUCUUUUCAUCAUGUUCUUUAUGAUAUUCGCUCUUGUAUAAAACAAAAAGCCAUAUUGCAGCUUGCAGCAAUUCAUAAAAGUUACCCAGAAUUCUUAAAUUUUUUUGAUUACUAUACGUAUUUAAUCAUGCCAACAUUAUGCUUCCAGUUUCACUACCCUAGAACAAAUAGUAUCCGUUGGACCUCUGUGUUACGUCAUUUCGGCCAAAUGUUUUUUUUUUUCAUUUUAAUAAAAAUUGUUAUUGAACAAUAUAUGGUAGUAAUCCUACAGAAUACUUUCGUGUCGGUUGAUAUCUUCAAACAAAUGUCUGUACUUCACAUUUUCCUUCAUUUGUCGGAGCGUAUUUUGAAUUUAUCGGUUCCUAAUCUUUGCGUUUGGCUUCUUAUGUUUUUUAUACUUUUUCAUCACUGGCUUAAUAUUUUAGCGGAAAUCACAUAUUUUGCAGAUCGGGAUUUUUAUGGUGAUUGGUGGAAUUCAUCAUCAUUUGAUGAAUAUUGGCGUAAAUGGAAUCGUCCAAUCCAUAACUUUUUUGCUCGUCAUUUACACAAGCCACUUUUAAGCAAAGGUCAAUUUAAUUUUUUAACACGUUUCAAUAAAAUCUAUUUUUUUAAACUUUUUUUAGGUUUGUCGCGUUUCGUUUCUGGACAAAUCAUUUUUAUUAUUUCAGCUUUAGCCCAUGAAUAUUUGGUUGUUGUACCAUUACGUUUAGGUUGGACAGGACUUGUCUUUACAGGAUUUAUUGCUCAAGUUCCUUUGAUUUAUAUUACAUCCAAACCCUUGUUUAAAAAGUAUCCUAUUAUUGGAAACGCUCUGUUUUGGGUUGUUUUUUGCUUUACUGGGCAACCUUUGGCUAUAUUAUUUUACUAUUAUCUUUGGGGUGUUCAACACGGCAAAGUAGAACAUGUCAGCGUCAGUAAUAUUCACAAAAUUCGUUUUAUUUAAUGGAGACAACAAUGGCAUUUUUAAAGGCGUUUUUUUCGAUUCUCAUGCGUCUUUAAAGUAUUAUCCUAUCCUAACUCAUGAAGCAGUCUUUUUGACGGUUUCGUUCUUGCCAGUCAUUGUUUAACUCAACAAAAUUAAAGACGCACAUUUUAACAGUAACAUAUUCACCGGCACAUUUUUACAGUAACAAACUCAGCAACACAUUUUUUUAAAAUUUUCGCUUUGACCUCAGAAACUAUUUUAAAAUGAACGAAACUCUUUUUACUGAGUUUUUCUGACUCAAAACAACAAUGUAGACUAUGUAAUGUUGCAGUUUAUCCAUCAAUGCCGGUGCCUUCUAUUGAUGUUAUUACGAUUUGACCAUCCAGUAGUUAAAUUAUUUUACGUACUUUCUUAGUAAAGAAAACUUGUUUUUACUACAAUAUUAUUUUUA